CAUCCCACUAUUUUUUAAUUUUAUUUUUUUGUAUUUUUUUUCAAGGGAUACCAAUAACCAUCAACAUUUCAUUUUAGAUAGUUUUCUUUUGCAUAUAAUGUAUCCCGUGCAAAGCAUAAGUUAAUACUUUAAUUAGUAAACCUAUAGCCCACACAUCAUUUUUUUCACAAAUUCUUGCCUAAGGCGGUGUUUCAUUAAGGUUACGGGGUUAUGUUACCCUAAAAGUUAUUACAGUUACCCUUAUAUACCAUUUGCUUAUCUUAAAAGUUAACCCUAAAAAACACUGAUAAUGUAUUAAAUUAAUCAUAUUAGCCUUUAUAGCAUGUAUGUAUUUAUUAUAAAUUACACAUUAAAAUACAAUUAAGGUCAUUACCAAUUUAAAGUUAUCUGUCUUUGCAUUUUUUUACAUUCUCACUCCUUUUUAUAACACCACCCACAAUUGCAUAAACUUUUUUUUUUUUUUUUUUUUUUUAUUCUUGAGCUAGCAUUUUUGAAAUGGAUCGGAUCAUUCUGAUGUAGUACACAAUCUACACAUUAUAAUUCUUCAUAUAAGAUAAUUGAGUUUUCAAGUAUGUAAUUUCGAUCGUUAAUUUUAAUGCAACAUCACAAAACAUUAUUUAUCUAGAAUCAUGUUAACCAUUAUGCACGAAGCACGAUCUCAAUCAAUUCUUCCUUAGAUUAGUCCACUAAAUCAACAUUCAAUAAGACCAAACCAUAAGUUAUAAUAGGAUUUUAGCGUUUUUUAUUCAAAGUUUGCAUUUUCUACAAAACUUUAGCAGAAUAUUCCCCAAAAUUCUUGGAGGGUAAAUACUAAAGGUAAAUAUCAUAAAUCAAUAAAUAAAAAUUGGAGAGUAACCAAAGAAUUGAACUAGUAUAAUUUGAUCAAAUAAAAAAAUAAAUUCCCCUCAAAUAAAAUAAAAUAGAUAAAUAAAUUGAACUAGCAUCACAUUUCUUAUCAAAAGUUUUUAAGAAAAAAGAUAAAAAUUCCAAAGCAAUCAAUAUACUAUUCCAAUUAAAACAUCCUAAUUAAUAGCCACAAAUUACUACCAUAAAUAGAGUAUUAUUAUCCAAGUAAUAAUACACAAAAAGAACGGUCUUAUUUUGACUAUAAUCCGCGGUUUUAUCAUCCACUAAUUUAGAAAUCUUUUCUGUGAUAAACAAACUCAAGUUACAACUCUUUCUCUCUUGUAGGGAAAAAUUUGAUUGAAUUUCCUUUCUUCAUUGCCCUUCCCUUGCCUUCUUAGCUUAUCGCGUUUUCUUUAUCUCUUUUCCUACAACCAUGAACAAAAUGGAUGAAUUCGAUUUCCAAAUUACGUCCAACAAUCAUAACUCCCUUUGACAAUCACACCCUACCAAAAAAAAAAAAAAUCUUAAGGUGUUUGAUCAUAACAUCCUAUGAAAGAAAUGGAGAAGAAAGGAACAAUUUUGUUCAAUAAAUACGAGUUAGGGCGGUUGCUAGGGCAAGGAAAUUUCGCUAAAGUUUACUAUGCUAGGCACAUUAUCUCAGGCCAAAGCGUAGCCAUAAAAAUUGUGGACAAAGAAAAAGUCUCAAGGGUUGGAAUGAUCAACCAAAUCAAACGAGAGAUUUCGGUAAUGAGGCUCGUUCAACACCCUAAUAUUGUGCAACUCUAUGAAGUUAUGGCAAGCAAAACUAAAAUCUAUUUUGCUAUGGAAUAUGUCAAGGGUGGUGAGCUUUUUAACACGGUUUCGAAAGGAAGGUUACAGGAAGAUCAGGCCAGGAAUUACUUCCAACAACUUGUUAGUGCUAUUGAUUUUUGUCAUAGUCGUGGGGUUUACCACCGCGAUUUGAAGCCUGAAAAUCUUCUUUUAGAUGAGAAUGGUAAUCUCAAGAUAUCUGAUUUUGGGUUAAGUGCGUUGUUAGAGUCAAGGAGACAAGAUGGGCUACUACACACCACGUGUGGUACUCCAGCCUAUGUCGCGCCAGAGGUGAUCAAUAAGCAAGGGUAUGAUGGGGCUAAGGCCGAUAUAUGGUCAUGUGGGGUCGUGUUAUAUGUUUUACUAGCCGGGUUUUUACCAUUUCAUGAAACAAAUAUUAUGGACUUAUACCGGAAGGUUAGUAGAGGGGAUUAUAGGUUCCCAAAUUGGUUCCCUUCCGAGGCCCGGAAACUCCUAUCCAAGAUACUUGACCCGGAUCCUUGCACGAGGAUAACGGUUUCCAAGUUGAUGGAGAAUUCUUGGUUUUUAAAAGGGUUCAAACAUGUUAAUGGACCUAAUGAACUAGAAGUUUCUCCUAUAACUCCUAAGGAUGUUAGCAAUGUUUUUAAUAGCAUUGAUUUUGGAAGCACUAGUACAAGCAAUUCUCCUAAGAAAGAAGAUGAAAAUGUAGAAGAUACCGAAAAUGUAAGUCCUAUGAAGCCUACAUGUUUAAAUGCUUUUGACAUUAUCUCCCUUUCACCGGGUUUUGAUCUAUCCGGCCUUUUCAAGAAGGACCAAAACAAGCACCAACCCGAGGCUCGAUUCACUACCUCCAAGCCCCCCUCUAUGAUAGUCUCAAUAUUCGAACAACUUGCUCAUGUAAGUAAAAAGUUUAAGAUCCAUAAGAAGGAUGGAAUAAUGCAUUUGGAGAGCAACAAAGAAGGGAGAAAAGGGCUACUUAAAAUUGAUGCUGAGAUAUUUGAGGUAGCACCAAUGUUACAUGUACUAGAGAUCAAGAAAACAAGUGGUGACACAAUCGAGUACAACGAUUUUUGUGACCGCGAUUUAAGACCUGCUUUAAGGGAUAUAGUUUGGGGUUGGCAAGAAGACAAUGCACCACCAUACAUUGCUCAGCAACAAGUGCAACAGCAGCCAGAACAAGCUGUUUAAGGGAGUUUUGUUAGGCUUUAAUUUUGACAUUGAAGUCUUUCCCAUACACGGCUAAACUCGGGUUCUUGGCAGCUGAUUGAAUCAAUUUUGAAGCUUUUGAUAAGUUGUUUAAGUCCCUUACAUGUUUCUUUGAUUUCUUCCAGAGUUUAUGAUGGUUGAAUUGAAUGGUUUUUGUAUAUGUAAGAAAAGGAAAAUGCCUCAUUACUAGAAGCUAAGCCCACAAUGGGACAUACACAAAAUAAAUUAAAAACAAUGUUAUGGCUGUAAAA